CGUCCUCGUGCCAAGGACUAUGACGAAGAUGUUAAGCAGAUACUGACCAUCGCCGCACAGAUUUUCCGGUGCCAUGUAUCUACGAUCAACGCAUUCCCGGAGAACUCGCUGGAGAUGCAAUGGGCGCACCUCGCUUGGGGUAGGGCGUGCAGAGAGCUCGGGAUUCAGCUUGCAGCAAGCCCGAGUCUCACCAGGAUAAUCACUGCGCGCACAUUUCAAUGCCGCAGCGAGCUCAAGUCAAAGAUCAAGUCCCUUGUCGAGAGUUCAUAUGGCUUCAGCAAAACGUCCGCGCCUGAAGCGAUCCUUCAGAAUCGUGUCCGAGCGGAGAACCUCAAGUUCGAGUCGGCAUAUGUGUAUGAAGAACCUGCUCUCGGGCAACGUAGCCAUGCCGAACGAAAGGGGAUAUAUCGAAACCCGAUCAUCCAGAAAGCUGUAAAUGCCAUGUGGUUUGUGAACAAGAACGACGAAGGCGUCGUGUACCGCGACUUCUUUGAACCGUUCGCCAUAGAAGCAUUGGCGUUCGUCCUCACAGCUAUUCACUGUGGCAUUGACGAGUGGGGGACUGGCGUACGAAGGGACAUCCAGUUCACUGUAAAGGACUACGAAUCGAUCUAUGAGACCCACCUCAGGAAUCUCGACAACUUCGACAAUCUAUGUGAGGAUGCUCACGAAGUUCUACUUGAUCUUCGUAAAGCAUUGCAUCGUGAAGCACGGUAUAGUCAUACAUGUCUACUGUGGAGUACAUAUACUGAUACCUGUAUAGAUUCCAAUCUGGUGCCGAGAAUGUCGAUGCUCACCUCAGGCUGA